UUGCGUCUAAACGUAACCAAACUGCGACGGGCGGUUUAUUUUGGUCGCUGAAUGAGAAGCUCAUUGCCUCUUCAUCAUAAUUUUAAAGAAUCUAAUGUGAAUUAAAAUGAUUCACGAGCUGUUGCUGGCGUUAAGUGGAUACCCGGGGACCAUUUUUACAUGGAACAAGCGAAUUGGUUUGCAGGUGUCCCAGGACCUGCCCUUCCUUCACCCCAGCGAGACUAGUGUCCUCAACCGUCUCUGUAAGCUGGGCUCUGACUACAUACGCUUCACAGAGUUCAUAGAACAACACACUGGUCAUGUGCACCAACAAGAACAUCACACAAAUCAACCCACCCAGACUGGACUUCAUGGAAUUUAUCUGCGGGCUUUCUGCACAGGGUUGGACUCCAUGCUGCAGCCGUACAGACAGGCCCUGCUGGACCUUGAACAAGAGUUCCUUGGAGAUCCACAUCUGACAAUAUCCCAUGUGAAUUACAAGCUUGAUCAGUUCCAGUUGCUGUUUCCAUCUGUGAUGAUGGUGGUAGAGACUAUAAAGUCACAGAAGAUCCAUGGCUGUCAGAUCCUGGAAACCGUGUAUAAGCACAGCUGCGGGGGGCUUCCUCCUGUUCGCAUGGCCUUGGAAAAGAUACUUGCUGUGUGCCACGGUGUCAUGUACAAGCAGCUCGCAGCCUGGAUGUUGCACGGUUUGCUGUUGGACCAAAGUGAGGAGUUCUUUGUGAAGCAGGGGCCCAGUGCAGGAGGUGCUGCAGCCAACCAGGAAGAGGAGGAAGAGGACCUGGGGCUGGGAGGCUUGAGUGGGAAACAGCUCAGAGAACUUCAGGACCUGAGGCUGAUUGAGGAGGAGAACAUGCUGGCUCCCUCCCUGCAGCAGUUCUCGCUGCGAGCAGAAAUGCUGCCAUCUUACAUUCCCAUCCGAGUAGCGGAGAAGAUCCUGUUUGUGGGAGAGUCUGUGCAGAUGUUUGAAAACCACAACCACAGCCCAUCUAGAGCAGGCUCCAUUUUGAAGCACCAGGAGGACAUGUUUGCUGCUGAGCUGCAUAAACUCAAGCAGCAGUCUCUGUUCAGCCUGGUGGAUUUUGAAAAUCUGAUUGAUCACAUCAGGAGCACAGUGGCAGAGCAUCUCUGGACAUUGAUGGUGGAGGAGUCAGAUCUGCUCGAACAGCUCAAGAUUAUUAAGGAUUUCUACUUGCUGGGUCGUGGAGAGCUCUACCAGGUUUUCAUUGACCUUGCACAGCAGAUGCUGAAAAUGCCACCAACAGCCGUCACUGAGCACGAUGUAAAUGUGGCUUUUCAGCAGGCCGCUCACAAGGUGCUGCUGGACGACGACAACCUCCUUCCUCUGCUGCAUCUCACUGUAGACUACCAGGGCAAAGACAGCAAAGAUGUGACAGGCAGCAGAGAAGGAGCCACUCCGCCACAGGACACCUCCCCUCGUGAGGUUCCACCCACUGGCUGGGCAGCUCUGGGUCUCACCUACAAGGUUCAGUGGCCGCUGCACAUCCUCUUCACCCCCGCUGUGCUGGAGAAGUACAACGUUGUGUUCAGGUACCUGCUGAGUGUGCGGCGGGUGCAGUCUCAGCUGCAGCAUUGCUGGGCUCUGCAGAUGCAGAGGAAACACCUCAAGUCCAGCCAGACAGACGCAGUGAAGUGGAGACUACGCAAUCACAUGGCUUUUCUAAUUGACAACCUGCAAUAUUACUUGCAGGUGGAUGUUUUGGAGUCUCAGUUCUCUCAACUGCUGCAGCAAAUCAACUCCACACGAGACUUCGAGAGCAUCAGACUGGCCCAUGACCAUUUCCUCAGCAACCUGCUCGCUCAGUCCUUUAUCCUCCUCAAGCCGGUUUUCCAUUGUCUGAACGAGAUCCUGGAACUGUGUCAUAACUUCUGCUCACUUGUGUGUCAGAAUGUGGCUUCUCUGGAUGAGAGGGGAACAUCUCAGCUCGACUUCCUGGUCAAGGGCUUCAGGCGGCAGUCGUCCUUACUGUUUAAAAUCCUUUCGAGUGUGAGGAACCAUCAGAUAAAUUCUGACUUGGCUCAGCUGUUACUGCGACUGGAUUACAACAAGUACUACACACAGGCCGGAGGCACUCUGGGCAGUGUUUAAGAACAUUUAUGACAGAAUUAAGACAUUCCCAUCUACGCUGGACAGAAGAAAAAAACAGUACCUAACUCAUCAGACCUGAGGACAUUGUUUGGGCUUUUGAAACUUGCAGUGCAUGUGGAUUCCACUCUAUUGAUGCAGAAG